CGUAUAUUAACAGAGACACUGACACCAAAAAAAUCAUUAGUGUCUAAUAAGUCGGUUGUGAAACCUGCGAGUCGUUUGUGUUAAAAAUUUAUUGACAAAAAAAAAUAAUUAUUCAAAAUGUCAAUGUAUAAUUAUAUUAAUUUCAUACUUUUGAUAUUUUUUAUUGGACGAACUUAUGUGUCUUCAUUUGAAGUGAAAGAUAUAUACGAUAUAAAUUCCAUAGAAAAAUAUAUAGACGAAACUCAUAACAAUGUUCUAUCUAAUAAUCCAUUCGAAAAGUUGACAUCGAGUGACAACAAAAAAUACAAUAUUUUGAAAAAAAUUUUCGACAAUAUGUCAAAUGCACUUGAAGAUUUAAGUGCAAUAACGAAUAAUUCUAAUAAAGAUUAUUGGCCUGCAGAUUUACCUCUAUUUUUAAGAAAAUUCGACGUAGAUAAAAUGAAACAUAAUUAUUUUACAUCGACUUUUUUGAGUUCGUCUACUGAACGGAUUAAUGAAAGACGCAGAAUGAUUGAAAUUCAUGUUAAAUCGUUACUCGAAAUGGCCGAAGAAAAUUUUUUUGAUACGGUUUCUAGCUUUUGUUCCUUCGUACCGAAAAUUUUGCUAUUCAUUAAUAGUGAUAAGCGAUUGCUCCACUUUAGUAUCGAUGAAGAAUAUAUUCGAUUAGUCGCUAAUAUGCGAGUGCAGAUAAAUAAAGAACUACUUCGUAAUAUUUGUCAUAGAACCAAAUCACUGCAUCAAGGAAUGUAUGAUUAUUAUCGUGAAGUAAUGGCAUCAUAUUUGAAACAUUUCAUGAUGGUUUAUCACCUCAACAUCAUUGAUUCAAGCUGUAGGAAUGAAAACACGAUAGAAUGGAUGGGAGAGUAUAUUAGUGGAAUAAAAACGAUGAUAAGACGUUCUAUAGAUAAAACGGUACCCAUUUUGGAAAAUAUCAAAUUUCCUAUGGCUAGAUGCAGUUCGAAAACGCUGAGUAAUAGAGAUGGACAUAAGACGUACUUAGAGUUAGAAAAAAUGGUACAAACAGUAAUUGUCAAAGAAGAAGAAUUGAGUACAACAGGGUCCUGUAGUCAUAACUGUAAUUUGGAUGAUAUUAAAGGAACGAUUAAUUCGACAGAGUGUAUGGAAUAUCGCGAUUGUCAGUACAUUGAGAGUGGCUAUGAAAUUUGUAAGGCUGAUGAAGAUAAUUCAAGACGUUACGAAUGGUUUAAGGAUGAAAAGGCACUGUUGUAUGGCGAGAAUAGUACGAAAGAAUGUGAUGGUAAUUUAACAUCUGUGUACAGCAAAUUGUCGUUCUUUAAAUUCCGUUGGUGUGACUACUGCGUUUGUACUUGUGUAAAACGUCCAGAAGAUAAAAAGAACAUCGUUGCAGCAUUCAGUUUCAAAGAGAAAGUCACCAAAAUUAGUGACAACCUGGUUGUUGUGGGUGUGAGAUUCAUAAAGAAAGAUUACAUGAUCCAGGUACAGAUAAAAGAGGGUAAACUCAAGCCCCGCCGAUUUAAAGAUCAUGGAGUCUGGAAAGAAACGGAAAAAGUUGUUUUCGAUGAAGAAAAUAAAAUGCUUCUGGUUAUAAAUAACGACGAGACCUUGAGCCAAAUGCAAUUAGGAAUUGAUUAUGCACUUCCGGAAACAAUCAAUUUAGAUGAUUUGAUUGCGCCCGAAGGUUUCGUUGUAACGGGGGUCAGAUUUAGAUUUGCCGGAGAUUCACUUGAUUUUCCAAAGCUAACGACUGGAGCGAUCGAAUUGCAAGUUCGUGUAACGCCAUUUGAUUACGUCAGCGGCACACUGAUUAAUCAUAACCAAACCCACUGGAUCGUUCCGAAGUACAAUUCAACGAGGGACGAAUUGGUUUUAACUGAUCCAGAUGUGCCAACUAAGUCACCUAAAAAUAUGGUUACCUCGAAAACUAAUCAAUUUAUUAGAUUCCGCGCUUCCGAUCUGAAAAAAGACGCUGGUCAAUCAACAGUACCAUUUUUCGAUGCACAAGACGUAGAUGGUGAUCCCGAAUUUCCUUUAGGAGGAGUGGGGAUCAUUCAUCGUGGCCGGGAAGGCUACGGUGGAUUUUUAGCUUUUAGAAUUUAUGAUCUAGAUUUUUCCGGUUAUUUAAAUAACAAUUACACAUCUUAAUCAAGUCGAUAAUUCUAGAUUACAAAUAUUUUUUAAGCUCCCGAUUUCGAUCAAUAAAAUUUCAACAAAUAUCGAAAUACCUAUCGCAUAAAAAUAUCACAUAAAAAAUCUGACCAAUAUAAAUUACGAAGUGUUUAUUAUCUAAGUACAAUUUUGAGUUCUUUUACUGACAAAAUUGAAGAAAAAAUUACAAUGACGGAUAUUUUCGGUUAGUCAUUACUUAAUAUGAGUCGGAAAAACUGUUUCGACAACAGUAAUAAAUAUUGUUUAUUUGUACCUGAACUUUUAUCUAUCAUUAAUAGUAAUAAGCAGUUAUUUAAUGGAAGUAGUGCCAAAAUUAUCAAUUUCUAGUAAACAAUAUUUUGCGACAAAUGCAUGUAAGUAUGUCCGUACAUGGCAAUUAAAAAUCGAAAAUAUAUUAAUCAUUUUCCAAGAAUUAAAUCAAAUUUUCAUCAAAUUUUUUUUUACAUCUAGAGAUUUCAGCUUUAACAUACAGGUGUUUAAAUGAUCAUUUUUAUAUAUAAUCAUUAUCGUAAUGAAUGAAUCUGUUAACUAAAAGAAACGUUCAUAAUUUUUUUUUAAUAAGCAAAAUUCUGAAUGAUAAAUUUAUGUACAUAUAUAUGUUAUAUAUUUUUUAAGCUAUUUUUAUCAAUGAUCAAAAACUUACAAUAGCUAGCGAAUGGAGAUUUGUAAUAGAGUUCAUUAUGAUUAUUAUCGCUUUAUGAAGCAUUGUCAUAAAAAAUAAUCAAUUUAAUUGUUUCUGUGAAACGAAGAAAUUUGGAAUUUUUUUUUCGUCACUAGCCUGAGGCACUAAUAGCACUAUUGAGAAACAAGUUGUUAAUAAAAAUUCCACUUCAAGUAAAAAUAGAAUUAAAAAUCGAAAACAUUUUAAUUGCUUUUUAAUAACUCUAUUGAUAAAAAUGUGACAAUGGAAGAUUUACUGUACAUUUUAUAUAAUAUAAAUUGUUUCCAUCCAACAUUGUAUAAUAUUUUUCAAAUUUAAUUUAUCUAUACACCGAAAAAAAAGUAGUAAUAUCUCCCAUCUUAAUGAAGUAAAUAUUCCCAUCUUUAUAUUUUGAACAUUCUCAUUUUAUACGUUAACCAUUUUUAUCCGAAAAAACGAUCACGACUAUCUCGGAUGGCACAAUUUAAAAAUUUUUCAGAUUAAUA